AUGGACACUGGUAGUCCGGCUUCAGACUCUUCUGAGAAAUCCGAACUGGUCGUUUACGAACCCAGUCUUAUUUCUCCGAUCUCUGAUCCAUUACCAAAUGCUCCUGCCUCCAUUUACUCAGACUCUGACCCCAGGCCCCAAGAGCUAACCGCGCACGUGCCAGGCGACAACGCGACCCAUCACACCCAUGGAGCGCCUGCACAACAACCUCUCCGAUUUGACCCUCGCGCACUUCUAAAUCCGUCAUCUUCAAAUCCCAAGCGUCCUGCAUCUUCCGGUAACGACACUGAUCGCGGACGCACUGACCCUACAAUUGCUGGCCAGGUUUCACUUGUCGAGCGCCUACACAACGUCCAAGAGCGCACGUCAUCUCCUGCUAAGCGUGUCAAAACUGAGGAUCCGCGAACUCAGAAGAACGGUAACCGAUCUAACUUUGCCGGUGGAAGCGCACUUGAGCUGCAAAACCAGGCUGCGCAACCAGCUGCUCCACUACUCCAGAAGGGACCAGCGAUUGAUCUCACCAUGAGUGACGACGAGGACGAGAUCCAAGUCGUUGGAGACAACAGCAACGAGAAUGUGUGUAUCGGAAAACUCAAACAGACCUACAUUCAGGCGCACCAGGUGCCCUUCCCCGACCCGAAGAAGUUCGCUGGCAAUCAUGGUGGUCAAAGCAGAAUCAAAGUAUCCUUCCGCAGGGGUGGUGGUAAUAAGGGAAAUCAGAUCAUUAUGGUGCUUGACGGUGUAGGCAAAGAAUUCGGCAGGGUCGACAUGAAGACGGCACAAGGCCUUACACCCUUGAUUGACAGCGCCAACACUAGCGGUCUUAAGUGGAUAGCGUGGACUGAACCCCGCAGGAAGUUGCCAAAUGAAGGUCCACCUGGCAGUCAGAUAUCUGCCCUUGUUGGUAUGACUUUGCAGCUGUAUUGUCCGCGCAGGGUGGCAGACAACAUCGGCCGGCACCUCAAGAGCAAGAACCUGAUCUUAGAAACACCCAUUUUCGAAUUGGCACGCCACGACUACUAUAAUCCCCAGACCAAGGAGACAUUUCAGAAGAAUCAGGUAGGACAGCCCGAUUUUCAGCUGCCUAAUCAGUACGCUGUUGGCGCUCCCACAAACACAUACGUUCUUCGCAGUGUCGACGAGAUUCGCGCCGAUGUCGAGGAUGUCUUCGAUACCGUUGUUAGUAGCUCGGAAGAAGUCCCCACACGAGAGCCAUCAUCGCUUAUCACCACUGAGCUGUACCCACACCAGAAGCAAGCAUUAUACUUCAUGGUUGAUCACGAACAAGAGCAUCCUCCUGAGAUCUACGAUCAGCGCAAAGAUUCAUUGUGGGCAGCCAAGUACCGAAAUAACGGCCGAAAGUACUACGUGCACGUCAUUACGAGUGAACAGGUGGAAGAGAAGCCGAGACCAGGCCUUGGCGGCAUUUUGGCUGAUGAAAUGGGCCUGGGAAAGACGCUUAGUAUCCUUUCUCUCAUCUGCGACGAUGCUUCGAUCGCUGCAGCCAAAGACUUUUGUCAAAAGAGGCCUUCUCCGAAACCAUACCCGGCGAUGAUACAACCAACUAUAAAUAGUCGAGCCACACUCCUUGUCUGUCCUCUGAGUACCAUGACAAACUGGAAGGAGCAGAUCAAAGAGCACUUCCCGCAGGGUAGGAGUACCUUGAGGUGGACCCGUUACCAUGGCGCAGAUCGUUUCAAUAUCUCGCCUGACAAGCUCGCGGAUCACGAUAUAGUAUUAACAACAUAUCACAUCAUCGCCAAGGAUUUGGCCGACAGGAAGCGGGCCCUCCCUUACAUCAAUUGGUUCCGCAUUGUCUUGGACGAAGCGCACACCAUCCGCAACCCGACUAAUCAAUCAAAGGCAGCAUGCAUGAUGAUGGGUCAACGACGUUGGGCUGUGACUGGUACGCCUGUUCAAAAUCGACUUGAGGAUCUAGGUGCCCUGUUCAAUUUCAUCAAGUUGAAGCCAUUCGAUAACACCAGCGGUUUCAACCAAUACAUCCUUGGUCCUUUCAAGAAUGCGGAUCCCAACGUUGUAACGAAGCUUCAGUUGCUUGUUAGCACCGUCACCAUCCGUCGUACCAAGGAGAUCAUCAAGGGAGAAGUACCGAAGAAGUUGGACUAUGUCGUCAAAUUGCAAUUCUCCAAGCAAGAGCGGCAAUUGCAUGACUGGUUUGAGAAAGACACUCAACGCAAGGUGGCUGCCGUCACACAAGGCAACAAGAUGGGGGGACAAUCGUACGCUCGUAUCUUGACCGCUAUUACCAACCUCCGUUUGAUCUGCGCUCACGGUCGCGACCUUCUCAGUGAGGAAGCUCUCAAGACUACGGACGGCAUGACGUAUGAGAAGCCUAUGGAGAUAGAUGAAGACGAGAGCGACAGGCCGCAGCUUACACGUCAACAAGCCUACGAGAUGCUCAGCCUACUUGAGUCGACAAGUGCAGCUGAUUGUCUGUAUUGCGCCGACAAGAGGUCUCUACUAGAUGCAGACUCUGACGAUGAAGACGAGGAUGGUAAUGUUCAAGACGUUAUCGGCUACAUGACCACCUGCUAUCAUCUAGUAUGCCCAAAGCAUAUCAAGAAGUUGAAGGAUCAGUGGAAAGAUAACCUCAUGGCUGACGGCUCUGUGCGAUGCCACGUCUGUGACGAUGUCAAUCAUCCAACGGCACUGAAGCUUGAGCGCACUGACUACUACAACUAUCUUGAAGAGCAAAACCAGAUUCGGAAAGAUCCGAAGUUGGCGAAGAAAAUCGGAAGCUAUACUGGGCCGCACACAAAGACACAAGCUCUACUCAACGACCUUCACGAGUUCCGCCUUUGGAGCGAGCAGCAUCCCGAUCAGAGGCCGAUCAAGAGUAUCGUAUUCUCCUCGUGGACCACGCAUCUCGACCUCAUCGAAAUUGCGCUCAAGAAUGCCGGCCACCUACUCGUCCGUCUCGACGGUCGUAUGACACGUGAAAACCGUGACAAGUCCAUGCAACAACUCCGCGAAAAUCCAGAAGUCCGCGUGAUGCUAGUCUCGAUCGGUGCCGGUGGUCUUGGCCUCAAUUUGACUACAGCGAACAAAGUCUUCAUGAUGGAACCGCAGUUCAAUCCUGCGGCUGAAGCACAAGCUGUAGAUCGAGUUCAUCGUCUGGGUCAAGACAGGGAGGUUACCAUCAAGCGUUUCAUCAUGGAGAAUAGUUUCGAGGAGAAGAUGCUAGUACUUCAGGGAAAGAAGAAGGCAUUGGCUGACCUUACCAUGGCGAAGGAGCGCAAGAGCAAGGAGGAGGCUACGAAACAGCGUUUGGAAGAGCUGAGGAGUCUUUUCAGGUAG